UCCUCUGGUUUCCUUUGAUGAAACAAUGUCAUCUAUUGGGAUCCUGACACAUGGGCUCUCUGCAGCAGCAUCUGCCCUUUGGAAUGAGGGUUCCUCAAAAUCUAGAUGACCCCAAAAUCUAGAUGUACUUUGGCAAGGUUCAGUGAGACUCCAUUCCAUCUGGUGUCCUUUCUGAUACCUGAUUGUGGAAUAGUUCCACAAGCCCUAAAAAAUGCGGUUGUUGAUAUUGGGGAAUAUUACCUUGUAAAGAAUUUAUUUCUUCAUGAGCUAGUGACCCAAGAAUUCAUUAACACAUUUGUGAAGAAAGGUUCGUGUUAUGCUCUUACAUACAAUACAAGAAUUGACCAAGACAAUACUGCUGCUUUGCUACCAACAGGCAAAUUGAUUUUAUCAGUAGAUAAGGAUACUUAUGAAGAGUUUGGACUGCAAGGCCAUCCUUCUUUGUAUUCUGGUAAAAAGCCAAUGAGAUACAUUAUUACAGUUGACUUGAUAGAUACAGCUUUCACUCCAGAAAAUAAAAAAUAUAAGAGAAUAAUUUGGGCCCUGAAGGAAAAAAAGCCACUUGAGUUUGAUUUCUUACUAACUUGGCAACCCACAGGAUCAGAAGAAGCAAGUUUGAUGUCCUAUUUUUCUAAAAAGGAAAUACAGGCUCAUCGGCCAAAAGUAACUUUUCGCACAUUAAGAAAUGUGCAGUGUCCAAUUGUAAAGAGUGAUAAAUUGCACGGCGAGCCAGAUGCCGCAUGCAGCGCACAAGAAUUGUUUGAGUGGCUUGGGGCCAUUUUUACGCAUGUUGGCUUAGAAAACACAUCCUCUAGUUUUUUAUCAACCUGUGUAUGUCCUCAGCCAAGCACCUUGAUAGAACAAGUUUUGAUGUGUACAAUAACUGGCUUUAUACCGUCAGAAAAGAUCAUUCAUUUAUUGGAACAAAUAUGUUGCUAUUUUGAAGACCCAAAGCUGGCUCACUGGGUAUCGCUUACUGUUCAUGGCUUUGCUGACAGCCCUGUUUCCUGGAGAGAAAAUGAACAUGGCUUUCUAAAAGGAGGAGAGAAUUUGUACAACUUCGUAAUUUUUAGGAAUCUAAGCUACUGGCUUCAAAUGGCAGUAGGAGCAUAUGACAACUGUCCAUAAAUAAUUGCCUUGAGUACCCUUUUAGGUAGUAACUGUAAAUAAACAUUUUAAUGAAAAUAUUUACCCUUUAGAAGGGUGUUAGCUUCCUGACUUAAAAAGUGACUAAAACAGAGGGAUCUGUUUUAUGUUGAUCUUGAAGACUGCCUGAGUGUAAAUAAGAAUUAUGAGGAUUAUGCUUUUAAUCUAUUUAGUUCAGCAUGAAUUCACAUGGUUCAAGUACUGUACACAUUUUUCAAAAUAAGGUGAUAAAUUAUUCUUGCCAGAACUUAUAGCAGGUCUAUAUAGCUACACCUCUUAACCCGAAAGUGGAAUAAAAAUAAUAAAAAGUUUUACUGUUUUAAAGAAGCAAAGAAAAUCCUUAUUUUACCUUUGUACCUUUAAUUAUUAACUGAUGUACUUUUUGCAGAUUAGUAGCUUUUUCAAAUUUGUGGAAUGGGUUGACCUUUGUAUUAAUUUUCAGAGUUUCAGUAGGUAUUUAGGGUGGACGGCAGUACCCAGGGAGAAGAUGGAGGCACAUAUCUUUGGAAGAAGACCCAUUCUAUCUUCAUUCUUUCUUGAAAACUUCAACAAUUAGGUCUUGUCACAAUGUGCUCGUUUUAUAGGAAUGCAACUUCAAGCACAGAUUGUUUCAAAACUUUCUUAAGACAUAUCUCAGAUACUGGAAGAAGUGUGUGCAAAACUGUUGUGACUUUCCCAGAAUUGUUCCAAUGUUGUUCUGAACAUCUCAAAAGUGUUUUGAGUGUAAAAGAGCUGUUUGGAACCCAAAGUGGGAUGUUUUGGACUUGGACUGUGUCAAAUUCAAAGUUUUUGCAUGCCACUAAAUGCGGUGUGUAACAUUUGAAAGGGGCUAAGGUGAAUGGUUACAAGAGGUACAAUUUUUUUAAUGAAAUAGUUUAUAUUAAAACAACCUGGAAUUAUAAUAUUGAUUAGAUCUGUAUUGCUUAGAUUAAAUAUGUGUAGUUGUGGAUCCUAGUAUGUAGCAGCAUAUCACCCAAGCAAAUACAUCUUCACAGUCCUUUCAUUUUUGUUUAUUUGAGCCAGUCACAAUUAAGAAGGGAUUCUAUGUAGCAAUUGCCCUUUGCCUCAGUUGCUUCUGGCAGCUUAGUGGUCAGAUAUUUUAAGGAUAAGUUGAUGAAAUACUAUUUGAUCAAACCCUACUUCAAAGUCUUUUGGUCGUCUACUUUGCAGCCUGCCAUACUCCACAGCAUGAAAAUUGCUUACCUUAGUCACAAUUUGAAGAGUGAAAGGGUUCAAUUCUACACAUUGGAAGGACACUUGGUAUCAAGAAAAUAUCUUGAUCUAUCUAAUUUACCUCAUAAAAUUUGAAGUAAUGUUCCAGUUAAAAAUUUUAGGUCAGAGUUCAUGUAAUUAUCAAAGGGAGUAAUUUUGUUGUUCAUUUACGCUGCCUUUAUCAAGAGAGAAACAAGAAUUAGAUGACCUAUAUCUGAUUGCAGGAGUAUUUUGAUGUGAAUCCCAAUUAAAUUGUGGCAGCAGGCAUGUAAUAAAAAUAUAUGUGUUCCAUCCACUGAUUACAUCGUGGUAUCUAAGCUAGUAAACAUGCCAACAUGAUUUCUUGGCAUUUCGUUGCUGAGCAUUUAGACAUUAAUUUGAGUUUGAUGCAAUGUCAGUUUCUUAAGAUCUCUAUAGGAAUAGCUGGCUUAAGUUGCCCUGUAUCAUUAUUAAAUUAUUAAAUUUAAUAAUUUAAAUUAUUUUUUAAGAUUUACAAAUACAAGGUAAUAAUUAGAAAGAACUGAGAGAGACAAUAUGUUUGGAUAUGUUUCUGGCAGCGCUCCAGAAAAGUCAAUGCACUUGUUGAAAUUUGCUGUAUUUUCUUUUAUCUGUCAUCUCUUGAAUACACACACACACACACAUACCUGCAAAAUCAAGAAGUUUAGAUGUGCUUAAUCAGCACAAUAUGAAGGAAGAAGAAAAUGAACUGACACAGCAAGUUCCUAUAAAUGUACUGAAAAGUCAGGAUUUUGAACAAUUUUCAGUUGUUAAUGCCAACAUUUAUUAGGCCUAAUUGAUUAAAAAUAAAACCAGCUACUUCCUAUAUAGAAAUAUUAAAUAUUAAAAUAUUAAAACAACAAAAAUAUUAAUUAUCCCAUAUGCAACCAUUAUACUAAUGUAACAAACCAAUUUUGCUGUUUUAUUUAAAGUGGCAAGGAGACAAACUCAAACUCCUUCAGCAUUAAAGGGCUGUUGAGUACCUAAACAUGCAACAUCUGGAUUUAAAGGUUUUUGUGGUAGGGCGGGAAGAGGUAAAUUAUAUAGACAGAUGUUGUUCCAUGUUUAUUCUUAUACUGAAACUACUCAGUGUGCACCAGAGGUAGCUUUUCUGCUUUUCUGAAAGAUUUGCUAAGUAUCCCCACCAAAGGCAAGUUUCCCUUCAGAACUUUUCUAUCCCCCCCCCCCAUUUUU